AUGAAGGUGAACACGUGGGUUUUCCGAAGAGCAGACAAGAAUGAUGAUGGGAAGCUCUCCUUUGAGGAGUUCCAGAACUACUUUGCUGAUGGGGUGCUCAGCCCAGGGGAGCUUCGGACACUGUUCAGUAGCAUCGACGGGCACCCCACUGGAGACUUGGAGACAGAGAGACUCUGUGACUACUUCUCAGAGCACCUGGGCGUCUACCGGCCUGUGCUGGCCGCUCUGGAGGCACUGAACCGCGCAGUGCUCACUGCCAUGGACGUCACCAAACUGGAGUACGAGCAGGCCUCCCAGGUGGACCAGUUCGUGACGCGCUUCCUGCUGCGGGAGACCGCGAGCCAGCUGCAAGCUCUGCAGAGCUCGCUAGAGGGCGCCUCUGACACCCUGGAGGCCCAGGCCCGGAGCUCCAGGCUGGACGAAGAGAAGGUGGAGGUGCAGAGCAGGCCGAGUGGCAGCCGGCGGGCAGGGCGCAGGGCCUCGCGGAGAAUCUGCCAGCCACCCCCCAGAGCCAGCCCUUCUGACCCAGCGUGCCGCUUGGAGGCGGAGCUGCAAUGGCGCCUCCAAGUCCAACGGCUGCAGGAGCUCAUUGACCAGCUCGAGUGUAAGGCCCCAAGGCUGGAGCCCCUGCACGAAGAGGAGCUGCCCAAGGGGCCCGAUUCGCACAUCCUCAUGGCCCAGCGGCAGGUCCGGGUGGCGGAGACGGCCCUGCAGGACUUCCACCGCGCCCUGUGCUGCUACGUGGAUGCCACUGGGGCCCAGAGCCGG